CUUGAUUGCUUUCUUCUCGGAACCCUCAGACUUUUCGACUUCUUUAUUUUUUUGUAUUGGGUCUUCACAAUUUUGAAAAUCAGGGAAUGAACAUUUCCUGAGAGAUUUCUCCUGAAUUUUGUCCUUUGAUGUUGUUGUUAUUAAUGUUCCUCAGAUUUUCAGUAUCCAAUUCCUCUGCUUGACAUUUGGCUGGUGCUUUAGAAAAUCUGUUUCUUGGAGACAGGGGAGUUUAAUCGGUUUGAUAAACAUAUUCUUUCGCCAUGAACGAGAAUCUAGAGGAACAAAAGAAAGGCAAGUAUACUCUAAUCCAUGAGGGUGAGGAAGAAGACACUGAGUUAGGACUUUUCUAUAAGCCACUCCCUUGCUUUGGUUGUGGAAUCGGAUGGUUCUCGUUUCUUCUUGGAUUCGUCUUCCCAUUUGCUUGGUACUUUGCCACGUUUCUCUAUCUCACAAACUAUUACCGUAGAGAUCCACGUGAAAGAUCUGGUCUUGCUGCUUCUGCUAUAGCUGCUUUGAUAUUCACCGUCGCACUUGUGAUCACUGUGCUUGUACUUGUUUUCUCGGGUCGCUAGAGUCCGAUGACACACGUUGCAUAUUCUUUCAGGGGUUUCAAAAGGAAACAACUUCAAGUCUGCUUCCACUACAAGCAUACCAAACUUUCUAUUUGGUGAAGAAGAGAAUGUCGCAUUUGGUUUGUUUAUUUCUUUUUUUUGUGUACAUAAAUGUUAACUUCUAAAAAAGAAAACCAAAAUGUGAUACCUUUUUGUUGGUGAGCUAUAAAGAUUCAGGCUUGUAUGUUAUUCAAAUUUGAGUGACAAAGAGACUUAACCAAGAUUGUGUUUGGGUAUAAUCUUUCUCCUUCAG